AUGAAGAAUCUUGGAAAUCUAUCUACAAAAAUUGAAUUAGUUGAAAAUACAGUCUCACACAUUUCAAAGUUUUCCUGGAAAACUUGUGGAGGAAAAAUUUUCAAACUUUUCGCAUGUAAAGAGGAAGGUGAGAAGCUCAUUUUCCCAAAACUUGAAAUUUUUCCAGUGGAAAAUAACAACAUGAAGAAUCUUGGAAAUCGAUCUCCAAUAACUGAAUCAAUUGAAAAUACAGUCUUACACAUUUCAAAGUUUUCCUGGAAAACUAGUGAAAGGAAAAUUUUGAAACUUUUUGCAUGUGAAGAAAAAGGGGAGAAGCUCAUUUUCCCAAAAUUUCAAAUUUUUCCAGAAUAUUGGAAAUCAACCUAUAAUAACUGAAUUAA